GAUGACCAGGAUUUGAUUACGCAGACAAGAUGAACAAGCAAGACGAUAACAAAUGAAUAAUCUUACCAUGCAUUGAACAACUUCUGAGAGUCAGGUGCUUAGCCCUGGGAAAAUGUCUGCUUGCAAUGCAUUCACUGAACAUGUCUGGAAACCUGGUGAAUGUAAAAACUGCUUCAAGCCAAAAAACUUGCAUCAGCUGCCUCCAGCUUCUGAAAAACCUCCAGUCUCUACAAAUCUGAAAAUCAAUGCAAGUCACAGCAACAACCAACGUACUAAAAAUACAGGAAAUUUUCGACCUCCUGUGGCAAAAAAACCCACUAUAGCUGUGAAACCCACCAUGAUGACAGUAGAUGGACAGGGUAUAUGUGGCGAGGUCAGCCCACAAGAUCUUUGCGAGAACAAGCCAGUUGCAGGCUGGAACCAAAAUAGGACUGUCUUGGACAAAAAACCACAUAACAAUAAUAAUAAUGAAGAAGAAAUUGAAGGUUAUAGUCAUGUUCUUAGGCCUUAUGGGAAUAGUGAUGGUGUAGGUAAAGCUCCAAGCAACAAUAAUGGACUGACAGAAAUGUUGAAGGAGAUUGCAGGCUUGGACACCUCGUCUUCUCUAACAGGAAAUGAAAUUAAUUCAAGGGAAGCAUUCUUGGGAAGAAUAAACAAUUGUUAUAAAAAGUCAUUAGAAAGAAAGGUCCCUCCAAGUUGCAUGUUGGGUGCCAUAAAGGAUUCGCAAAAUAAGCAUGUUGUUCUUAGUGGAAGCACUGAUGUAAUAAGUAAUGAAGGUGGUCGUUUCUGUUACCCAGAAUUCUCCAGUGAGGAUGAGAGUGAGGAUGAUCUGCUUUUUGGCAAUAUGCAUGAAGACCAUGAGAGCUGGGAUGAAAGUGAUGAAGAGCUGCUGGCAAUGGAAAUUCGCAUGAGAGGACAGCCACGCUUUGCUAACUUUAGGGCUAAUACACUGUCACCUGUCCGAUUUUGUGUUGACAAAAAAUGGAACACAGUGCCUUUAAGGAACAAGUCUCUCCAGAGGAUUUGUGCUGUGGACUAUGAUGAUAGCUAUGAUGAAAUUUUGAAUGGUUAUGGAGAUGACACUGUGAUUCUUUAUGGGCAAGCAAGCAUGCAAAGCAUGGUGUCAUCUGAUUCCAUGUCUCCUGACUCUUCUUUGACUGAAGAGUCUCGCUCUGGGACAGCAAGCAGUUCUUCUCAAAAGCUCUGCAAUGGUAGAUUAUCUCCUAGCACUCCUAAAGAUAUCAAAUUAAUUGAGGAAGAAUAUAAAAGCUUUUGUGAUGAUCAGCAAUUGACAGUUGUAACUAAAAACCCUCAAACUGCUACCAAAACUUUGGAGACUCAUAAGGCUGUGCUUGCCCUUAGGUUGGAAGAAAAGGAUGGCAAGAUUGCUGUUCAAAGUGAUCAGCAAGAAUGCUGUAGUCCUUCAGGUGUGCCAAGUCAAGCAGCAGCUGCAAGUUUACUCCCCGUUGAAGAACAAGCAAAACCUUAUAGGGUAGUAAAUAUGGAACAACCCAUAUGCAAGCCAUACACUAUUGUGGAUGUAUCAGCAGCCAUGACCCAUGAAUGUAUAGAGAAUCGAACAAGAAGCUGUGAUUCAAAAAGUACCCUAUCUAACCCAAAUUUACCCGAUACUCUAAGUACGAAGGUUGCACCUCAUUCUGUAUCAUCUGGGCAAGUGAACACCAAUCUUAAAAAAUCUAGUGCAGUCAGAUACCAGGAAGUUUGGACUUCCAGUACAAGCCCACGGCAAAAGAUUCCUAAAGUGGAACUAAUUCCCAACACCCCAGGACCUUCUGUACCUUUAAGGAAGAACAUUCACAAAUCUGCUCCUACUUCACCUACAUCGACCAAUAUUUCUACAAAAACAAUCCCUGUUAAAUCUCCUAACCUGUCUGAAAUAAAAUUCAAUAGUUACAAUAAUGCUGGCAUGCCACCCUUCCCAAUCAUUAUUCAUGAUGAGCCAACAUAUGCUAGAAGUUGUAAGAAUGCAAUCAAAGUUCCUAUUGUAAUCAAUCCCAAUGCAUAUGACAAUUUAGCAAUCUAUAAAAGUUUUCUAGGGACUAGCGGAGAGCUCUCUGUAAAAGAUAAAACCACAAGUGUCAUCAGCCACACAUAUGAAGAAAUAGAAACAGAAAGUGCCGUUCUGAAAAACAUAACUAGCAAAUCUGCUGAACUUUCCCAGGCUAAAGGGUUAACUAAUAGUUCUGAGAGAAGACUGGGCUCUGUGGCUCAGAAGGUUCAGGAGUUCAACAGCUGUCUUGGCAAAGGUCUGACUUCAUCCAAAAGCUCUGAUCACAGCUCCCCAACAAAAAUACCAAGAACUCGUCAUGAUCCUGUGGCCAAAACAGAAGAGACACAGGAGAUAUGUAGUGGAAGUAGGGAAAAUGCCUGUAUGGUACUAUCACAAAUUGUGGCUUCUAUCCAGCCUCCACAGUCUCCCCCAGAAGUACCUCAGACUGGACCCAAGUCUUGCAGUGCGGAAGAAUUGUAUUCUCUGCCUCCUGAUGCAGACACAGGUGAAAGUGUCCCAGUGCGGCCCAAAUCUCUCUUUACCACACAGUCGAGUCCUGAGAGUGAGGCAGGGAAUUCCACAGAAAUGGUGCCUAAGGAAACCCUGUCCAAGUCACUAGUUGCCUAUUCCUCAAAGCCAGUGGCUGCCUCCCAGAAUACCACAAGUCCCAAAACUGAACAGACUCCCCCAUUUCCUCCUCCUCGUUCCACGUCUUCACCAUAUCAUGCCAGCAAAGUGUUGCAAAGACAUUUCAGCAAUUGGACCAAACCCACGAGCCCCAUAAGAUCAACAGAGGCUGAAUCAGUAUUGCAUUCCGAAGGUAGGCGAGCUGUUGAUGCAAAGCCCAAGCGUUGGAUAUCAUUUAAGAGCUUCUUUCGUCGCAGAAAGACUGAUGAUGAGGAAGAGAGAGAAAGAGAAAAGGGGAAACUGGUGGGUCUUGAUGGAACUGUCAUUCAUAUGCUUCCACCUCCUCCUGUUCAACGCCAUAAUUGGUUCAGUGAGUCAAAAUCAGAUUCAAGUGAGAAACCCUCAAUUGUGUUUAUGUUUAAAUGUGAACAAGCAAAGAUGGAGGCAAAAUCUGAUCGAAACAAGACUGAAGUAGAGCCAGCAGUUGAAGUUGUGAUAUCUGAAAGAGACGAGAGGGAGAAGUCCUCAGAGGUAUUGGAAGAAAAUCUGAAGAGCCAUUCUUCACCACCUAAUAUUCCAAAGGAAAUUCUCAGUCAAGUGCCUGAUGAACAAACUGUGGGAAAUGGUUCCCCUCGGAUUCCAAGAUCUGCAAUUGAAAAGCAGGGUGGUGGCAGUAAUGCGUCCCUUGUUCCACUGUCCCCUCCCGAAAUACCACAAGAACAAGAGGAAAGGGAGGAAAUGUCAGAUUCUUCUGAUGUGAGUGCCUGCAGCGCUACAUAUAGUAACUUAGGGCAAUCCAGAGCAGCUAUGAUACCUCCAAAGCAACCGCGGCAACCAAAGGGGGCUUUGGAUGAUGCCAUUGCUUUUGGGGGAAUAUCUGACCCAGACAUGACAGCUACCUUACAUCCCACACCACCUCCAUUGCCAAAGAAAACCAUUAUAAGAGCUCACACGGAACCACUUCCAAAGGAACACCAGAAUCAGGCCCUUGAAAGUGGCCUGUGUGUGAUGGCCAAUCCCACUUAUGACAUUGACACCAACUGGGAAGCAAACAGUGCCUGCUCUUCUGUCAGCUCUGAAUUCAAGGCAGUGGACCAUGAGUCAGGAGAUUCCUUGGACAGGCCUCCAGAAAAGGGACUGGCAAUCUCAUCAGCAGCCAAUGGUUUUUCCAGCCUAACUGCUAUCGGUGUGAAAGACAGGUGUUCCAGUAGUAUGGAGUUUCUGUCAGGUAGACCUGCUACCCACAGCAAACAUGGCAAGACUGUCCAGAAACCACAGAGACAAGCACUUUAUAGAGGAAUCGAAAACCGAGGGGAGGUGGUGAGCAGAAUCAGAAGCCUUCACACUGAUACCCUGAAGAAGCUGUCUGCCAAAUGUGAAGACCUUUUCAUGUCUGGGCAGAAAGAUCAGCUUCGAUUUGGGCUAGACAGCUGGUCAGACUUCAGAUUAACCAGUGACAAGCCAUGCUGUGAGGCUGGUGAUGCUGUCUACUACCCAGCUUCUUAUGCAAAAGAUCCAUUCAACAACUAUGCAGUCAAGAUCUGUAAGAGCAAAGCUAAAGAAUCGCAACAGUAUUACCACAGCCUGGCCAUCCGCCAGAGCUUGGCCAUCCACUUCAACAUACAGCAGGACUGUGGUCAUUUCCUAGCUGAUGUGCCUGUUCGUCUGCUUCCAUGGGAAGAUCUCCAUUCACCAGACGAGGAGGAGGAAGAGCAGGAAGAUGACAGGCAGAAGAACACUGUGGACGUUUCACAGAAAGACAGCUCAAAUCUGCCAGGAGCCACAAGCAAGCAGCGCAGCAGAGUUGUAGUCAUCACUCGAGAGGUUCCCUACCUAACUGUGGCAGAUUUUGUGCUGGAUUCCUCAGACCGCCAUGCCAGCAGCCCAGACUUGUAUGAAAGGCAGGUAUGCCUCCUCCUCUUACAGUUGUGUUCUGGUCUAGAACACCUGAAACCGUAUCACAUCACUCAUUGUGAUCUGCGUUUGGAGAACCUUUUGUUGGUGGAGUAUAGGGCAGGGGGAAGCCUUCUGAACGAUGAGAGUGUGGAGCCCUCUCCCAGUGCUGCUUGCCCUGCCAGGCUUAUAGUGAGCAAUUUCUCUCAAGCAAAACAAAAGAGCCACCUGGUGGACUCCGAAGUCCUAAGAGACCAGUCCCGCCUUGCCCCAGAGAUCAUCACAGCAACACAGUAUAAGAAAUGUGACGAGUUCCAAACCGGCAUCCUCAUCUAUGAAAUGUUACACCUGCGCAAUCCCUUUGAUGAAAAUCCAGAGCUGAAGGAGAAAGAGUAUACUUGUGCUGACCUGCCCAGUAUCCCUUGUCGUUCCCUUUAUUCCCUGGGGCUUCAGCAACUUGCUAACUGCCUGCUAAACCCUAAUCCAUCGGAGAGAAUCCUUAUAUCUGAGGCCAAGGGAGUCCUUCAGUGUUUGCUGUGGGGUCCCCGGGAUGAUUUGUUUCAGACUCUCAAUGCCUCUUCCAGACCAGCACAAAGAGAUACUGUGCUCCAAAACUGGCUGGACAUCAAACGGACGCUGAUGAUGAUCAAGUUUGCUGAGAAGUCUUUGGACAGGGAAUGCAAAGUCAGCCUCGAAGACUGGCUUUGUUGCCAGUAUCUGGCUUUUGCCACUACGGACUCCCUCAGCCGCAUAGUGAAAAUCAUGCAGCAACAUUAGUUUGUAGCCGCUGCUUUCACUUGGAUGCCCCACAAUCCUCUCUUCAUCCCCAGCCUCAAUCUAUGUGCAAGUUUUAAAAUUCUAACCUAGAACUCAAGGUCACCAAUAGUGAGCAAACUGAUCUUGCCAGGAAGCUCUGUUUCCUGUCGUAGGUGCCAGGGAGAGGUCUGAAGCCUAGUUUAGCUGAUGGUUUGUUUGGACAAGGAGGUGUGUAAAUUUAUUAAGGAAACCACUAUUUAUUACAUUGCUGUUUGGAGGUGUAAGAGUGUGGAGUGAGUGCUGCAAAUGGCAGCAUCCAGUAAUAACUGCAAACAGAAUUGAGUCAGCUGUGAAUGAGCCACCAGAAUGUACACCACUCUUCACAAAGACAUGGCCUCUGCUCCACGCCUUUGUCCUUCUGGCCCCAUCUCAGGGGUGACUUGGCCAUACCAGUCAUACUUCCUGCAGAUGCAGUCUUUUAUUUGAUUGUUCCUUCCCCAUGAGACAACCCUGGACCACAACAGGUGGCCACUGAGUGACUUACAGUCCGCUGCAGACUGAACAAGUUUCCCUGUUUCUUUUAUUCUUGCUGGGGUCAAAGGACACAUUACAUGGAAAGCCCCAAUAUUUGUGGCGUGUUUUUAAAAAAUAAAAACACAAACUAGUGAUUUUGAGUGGAAGUGUGGCAGGGAAGAUGGGCUCAUCCCUUCUCCUUACAGGUCAUUUUCCCAUUCAGAUUUCCUGCCUGCACUGCUUCCCCUCCCCCCACAGAGUUCCAGGUGCAAGUUUACCCUUCUUGUGUGUUGCUUUUUCGUGCCUUUGUCUUCUUAACCCUGAAUUCUGAUGUAUCAAUCUAGAAUAUUUCCAAUAGCAGCAGCAGAUGUGUUUUUCUCUUUUUGCCAGCACAUUUGAUACAGUAGUUUUGCUAGAGAUUAUUGAUGGUCUGUUAAUUAUAAUGUUAACAGAGCAGUACCAAGAGCAAAGGGACGGUUUGAAGCAAAUAUGUAUUAGGAGCAGCUAUUCCCCUUCUGCUGUCAGGCUGGUGUUUUACCCCAAAACCAAGGGUUAAAAUGCCAGGCUUCCAUGUCUUCUUUGCAAAGCAACAAGGAAGCAGGGUAUAAAGUUGCUCAGAGCUCAUCUUUAUGUAACAAAUAAGCUAUGUAAAUAGAGAUGGGUUUUCUACAGGUGUGGUUCUCUUGGGGGCAAAAGAUGUUGUGCAGCUAUCACAAAACAGUUACGUUUAGCAGUUUUAGUUUAUGUAGAAUCUGGCUAUCCAACUGCUGUCAGUAUCUAGUUUUUGGACAUUUUAGCUGUUUAAGCAUCAUUUGCUCAGAAGCAAUUGCUGCCUACUAAGGAAAGGUUAAACAAGUCCAGUGGCCUGUAGAAAUGUUUGCGCUCCUUCCCUGGCACACUGGCCUUUUCCUGUGGAUGCAUUACAGUACAGUCCUGCUGCGCCUGAUCUCUCUGCUCAGUAUUGGUUGGACUUGUUUGAGUAGCUCUGAACUGAUGGAACUGCAGCCCAGUAUUUAAUUCCCACAGUUGGGGAUGGAUUUUGAAAUGUGGACAGCUCUUGUGUUGAGCCCAUGCUGCUGCUGUUGCUCCUCCUCCUAUGGAUAUAUGUGCAAUUUUUUGAUGUAUUAUAUGAGAAAGCUGUGUUAGUGUUUACGUUGCUUAACAGACUUAACCAUAUGUUAGAUCUGCCCCUUUCCUUUUCAUGGCACAUAGAUGCACAAACUUAUGUGUCCUCUUUCUCCAGAUUGAUGUUUCCUUUCUUUAUUGUUAAACUGUGACUAACCUGUUUACUUCAGCCUUAGAGACAAAUAGCCACUUUGAACAGUGCAUGCAUGUUUGGACCAGAAACUGAAAGGCAGACCUGCAGAAAUUAUGUCAGCAAAGUCAGCUCUGUGGUCUUGGAGCAGGGUGUGGAUUUCUCACUGAUGCCAAAAUUCUAGUUCAUGAAAAUCUGACCCCAGCAUAAAAUAUGUGAUGGCCUCUUUAAAUGCUAUGAAUCUU